AUGGCAGACUACUACUACUUCAUAAUCGAGGGCUAUGAGCAGCCGUUCGGAUACAUUCGCAAAUCCAAAGUCGAGCAAAUCGUGUGGCCUGACUACUGGAAGACGAACCACGAUGACAAGCUCAUCACUCUCAACUCCGGCUCCGGAAUUGAAGACAGAAAUGGGUACUUGGACAAGACUCUGCGACAGAUCCACGAGAAGGGCGAGGUUUCAGAGCCCCGAAAACUGUUUGACGAGCCGUACGGAAUCCAGGGACCUGAUGGCAAAGCCGUCCUAAUCAUGAAUCGCUCGGCAGCAGGAAUGUUUGGUAUUCGAACGUAUGGGGUGUUUCUUAUUGCGUAUAUCCAGACCGACGGGGUAAGGAAGUUCUGGGUCGCGCAAAGGUCUCAGAAGAAGAUGACAUACCCAGGCAAACUCGACAUGUGCGUGGCUGGCAGUCACCGAGCACAGGAAGCGCCCAUUGCCUCACUCCGUGAGGCCUACACGCGAAAAUGGGCACAUUCGUGCGGGGCUGUAACCUAUCAAAUGAGCGUCUACGACUCUGGCAAACCAGCUAGUCGAGCGCAGACUCAGUACGCCUACGAGAUAGAGUUGCCCACGGAUAUGGCUCCAAAGCCAUGCGAUGGUGAAGUUGAAGAAUUCAAGUUGAUGACCUUGGAGGAAGUUCGGGACAGUCUGUUUCAGAGGGACUUUAAGUUGAACAUUGCAAUGACAUGGAUGGACUAGCUUAUCUGGCACGGGCAUAUGCACGCGGAGAAUGAGGAGAACUGCCUUGAGAUUUGCGCAAGACUUCACCGAAAUCUCGACUUUUUUGUAGC